AUGUGGAUUCUUGAUGAAAAAGCUGAAGAAGGUCCAAAAAUUAUCAAAAAAGAAAUUAUCUAUGUACCCGAUCUUUAUAAAAUUUUUGAUGAAAUUCUCGUGAAUGCUGCUGAUAAUAAGCAACGUGAUUCAACAAUGACAUCAAUAGAAGUUGAUAUCAAUCAAGAAAAAUGUGAAAUAAACAUUUGUAUUGAUGGUUGUGGUACUCCUGUUCGUAAAUGGGCUCAAGCUGGACCAAUUUAUAUUCCAACAUUAAUUUUUGGUAAACUUCUUACAUCCAAUAAUUCCAAUGAUGAUCAAAAACGAGUUACUGGUGGUCGAAAUGGUUAUGGUGCAAAAGUAACCGAUAUUUUUAGUACAAAAUUUACCGUUGAAACAUGUUCAAAAGAAUAUAAAAAAUUAUUUAAACAAACGUACAAUAUGCGUGAUCCCCAAGAUGCAAUUAUAACAAAAAUAAGUGAUAAUCUAAAAGAAUUUACAUGUAUUACAUUUAUACCUGAUUUAAAACGUUUUCAAAUGGAUAAAUUUGAUGAUUAUCUUGUUUCAUUAUUUAAACGACGUGUUUAUGAUGUGGCUGUAUCAACUGGUUGUAAAGUAACACUUAAUGGUAAACGUAUUCCAAUUGAAAAUAUGAAAGAUUAUAUGUUCAUGUAUCUUGAUAAUACAACAGAAAAAGAAAUUGUUUAUAAAAAAGUAAAUGAUCGUUGGGAAAUUGGUAUAGCUAAAAAUGAUUAUAAUAAUGGUUGUACACAAGUUAGUUUUGUUAAUUCAAUAUUAACAUCUGAAGGUGGUAAACAUGUUGAUUAUAUAACUGAACAGGUUUGUCCAAAAUUAGUUGAAUAUAUUAAGAAAAAAAGUAAAACAGCUGGUGAAAAUUGA